UUUACUCGAAUCUGUGUCCUGCCAUGGAUCACCAAAUGGCCGGCACAGCCCAAAGCCGCAGACCUCUCCGCUCUUCCUUCUACUUCCUCCUCAUGACCACGCUCUCUGCGGCGCUGCUAUCGCAGAAGCUCCUCUGCACGGCUCUCCUAGACGUCGACUCCCUCGAAUGGCGCGAUGAUAAAGAAGACGAACUCAACGAGGCACAGAGCCACCAAAACUCCCCCAGAGACUCCUGCAACCUGUCAGUGGGAGAAUGGGUGUUCGAUCCCUCCUACCCACUUUACGAUCCUGCUUGUCCCUACCUCAGCGUCCAGCUGAGCUGCAGGAGCAACGGAAGGCCUGAUUCAGACUUCCAGAGAUGGAGGUGGAAGCCAAAGCAAUGCUCUGUUCCAAGAUUCGACGCGCUGGACUUCCUUGCGAGGAUCAGGAAGAAGAGGAUCAUGCUGGUGGGAGACUCCAUAAUGAGGAACCAGUGGGAGUCUCUGGUUUGCCUGGUGGAAUCAGUGAUCCCUGGCGACAUGAAGUCGGUCUCCUCCGACGGCCCCUGUUCUGCCUUCCACGCCAUGGAGUUCCAGGCAUCCGUGGAGUUCUGUUGGGCGCCGCUUCUGGUAGAGGUGAAGCGAGACGCAGAGAACAGGAGAGUGCUGCAGCUGGACUCGAUCGAGGGGAACGCCAAGCACUGGUACGGAGUCGACGUGCUGCUCUUCGAUUCAGCUCAUUGGUGGACUCACUCCGGCAAAUGGAGCUCGUGGGAUUUGUGCAAGGAAGGGGAGAGGGUGUUGGCCAACCUGAACCCGAUGGUCGCCUACGAGAAAGGUCUGACGACAUGGGCCGAAUGGGUGGACCUGCACUUGGACCCUCGUCGGACGCGAGUCAUCUUCAGAAGCGCGUCGCCUCGGCACAACAGGGACAAUGGCUGGCAGUGCUACAGGAAGAAGGAGCCGGUGGCGGCCUACGUGGGUUACUCGCCGCGAACGCCGGGGCAGCUUGUGGUGUUGAGGGAGGUGCUGAAGAAGAUGAGCUUCCCCGUGUACCUGAUGGACGUCACCGGCAUGUCUGCUCUGCGUGUCGACGGCCACCCUUCGAUUUAUGGGAAAGGGAAGGAAGGCGGCGGCCCGGCGGCCUCCUCAGACUGCAGCCACUGGUGCUUGCCUGGAGUCCCAGAUGCUUGGAAUGAGAUGCUCUAUGCUCUUUUAUAGAGGGGAGUGAUUGACGUGUGGUGCUUUCAGGUAUGUCGUCGAUCUCCAGCUGCAACUGUAUGAAUGAUGCUGGCGUAUUAUAGCCAGCCGUAGCUCUGUUCUCUGUUCACUGUUCUGGAGGGUCUUUUCGAGUGAUCGUCGUGUAUCCCAAUAUAGUUGCUGCCCUAUUUGCGAUCUUAUUUAAUUAUAAUUUAACUGUUUUUAAUCAUGAAAUGACUGAUUGGUUUGCUGCCUUAAUUAUAAUU